CCGUAAUGACAUCUCACUUAGUAAGUCGAUCCCACUAAUUUUAUAAGGAGUAAACAUAAAUCUUUUCUAUUAAUUGACGCGUAAACCUCUGAAGAAGGAAGUUAGUCAGUAAAAUGACCAUCAAAAUUCUGGCUCUACUUGUCUGCAUAUUCCGAGCGUUGGGAAGUAACUGGCUGACGGUUGACCAUGAUCAGUGUUCCUCCAACUAUGAUGAAUUUAAAACUCUAAUCGACAAAAACGGGCUCCAACUCAUAAGAUUUAAUUCAAAAGUCGCUGAAUUAAAAAAUGAAACGGCGUCAAAAAUCAACACCGAGGAAGUGGCGAUGGUUCAAGCCGAGGCAAAAAGACUAGAGGAAACUCAGAAUAAAGCAAAUGAUUCCCUUCAUAGUAAGCGGGAAAGGACAGCUGAUCAGAAAGAACGGUUCCGGAAACUGUACCACGAGAUGGAGUCGAUCACCGGAAAUAUCAGUAGGUUAGAGAGAGUAAUGGCUGCCAGAUCUGUAGCACAAAGCCAACGUCAACAAAAAGUUCAAAGUCUUCUGGAUCAAAUUAGAGCAGUACGCCAAAACAACACAGAUCUAGGAUUAAAUAUUUUAAGAGAAUUAAAUCUCCAAACGUCAGCAGGCUUCACAAUUCAAACAAAUAGCGAAGUGACUCUACAGGAUCGAGAUAUCCUGAUGUUUCCAUCCAUUCUUCACAGGAGUGAAAAAGGACUCGAUGUCUCGAACUCGAUUCUAACGGCCACUUACUCCGGUGUUUACCUAUUUCACGUCACGGUCUGUUCUCAGGGCGCGGGUCUAAUAGCUAGGGCAGUGGUGUGUAAGAACUACAGUCACCGCUGGGUGGGAUUUGCUUACGCUGAGGACAGCAAUAAUUCGGAGUGUGGAAGCAACACGGUGGUGAUUGAAGUACAAAAAGGAGACAGAUUCUGGGUGCGAUCACAUAAAAAGUCUUAUUUCUCCUCUGGAAGUAGCUUUAGUGCUACAUUAAUUCAGAGAACUGAGUGAAAUAUUCCAAUGUUCCAGAAACUGAACAAUAUCUCUCUGAUUGCUGUGUAAUUGCCGAAAAGAAAGCAUCAGCAUUAACUCUAAAUAAAUACUAUUCUUGUUUCAGUUUAGAAAAAUCAAUGAUUUUGUGAUAAGAAGAAGAAUAGUGACAUUUUUAGGGUGAAGAAUCGAGGUCGACAUUAGCUGUGACGAAAAGGGUUGGGAAAUGACAAAAACGGUUAUACAGUCAGUGUUGUCUUUGGGUCUCAUUGAUCACAUUGUGUACGGCGUCGGUCUGUCUGUAAACUUUUCACAUUUUCGACUUCUUCUCCAGAACCAUUGGGCCAGUUUUAACCAAACUUGCUACAAAGUGUCUUUGAAAGAAGAGGAUUCAAGUUUUUUAAAAUGAAAGGCCACACCCUAUUCCAAGGGGAGAUAAUUAAAUAUCUGCGAAAAAUUAAUGGCAUCUUUGAAAAAUCUUCUUCGCAAGAACCACUGGGCCAGGAAAGAUGAAAUCCUAAGGUAGUGUAAAUUAAAAUAUGUAGGUAGUGUAGAUUCAAGCUUGUUCAAAUCAUGCCCCCGGGAGUAGGGCGGGGUCACAAUUGACGAUCAAAGUUUUACAUAAGAAUAUAUAGGAAAAAUCUUUAAAAAUCUUCUCAAGAACCACUGGGUCAGGAAAGAUUUGUUAUUUUGAUAUGGAAGCAUCAUCAAGUAGUUUAUAAUUCAAGCCCCCCCCCCCCCCCCCCAGUGUAAACAAGUGAAUUUUGCUUUUCUCGUCCUAGCCAAUGUGCUCAGGUGAGCGAUGUGGUCCAUGGGCGUUUUGUUUUACUCUUUUACCUUCACCAUCGAGUUUGACUUGCUUUUGAGAAACUUGUACUUUUGCCAUAAGCUGCCAUGUGGGUAUCAGUAGUACAUCGUGAUUUUUGUUAUUUGUGUAGCUUUGUUCUGAAAAUAUACAAUAGACAUUUAACUAUUUUAUUAUGAAAAGGAAAGUAGUCAAUCGUGUACAUUGUGUAUUUGAGUACUUAUAUUGACUCUUUUAACCAAAGACUCUGAUAACAGAUAACAUUGAAGCUCUCGUUCUGCUGGUAGGACAUUUAAGGUAUUUCCAUCCUCCUGUGAUAUCAUAGAUUUUCGGCAAAAUCUGUUAAUAAUCUGUUAAAUUCAUACCCAAAAGAAAUAUGUCUUUUGGACGAGAGUCUUUCAACAAGUGUAAUAUCAAAUAUUUGUACAUAAUUUUUACCACACUGUUUACUAGAAUUGAAUGCUGGCAUAUGCUUCUGUUUACUUAUAAAUGGCAACAUAUACAUUUUUAGUAAUGAUUAGUUAAUUUACACUAUAUUCCAUGAAAAUAAAUGCUGUUUUUUUUACUUUGAACCAAUAAUAUUGUCAAUAUGGAAAUACCAUAAUCAUUAAAUCUUGAAAGUAUUUUGAACAUAAACAUAA